AUGAAACUCUCCACGAUGCGUCCUGCGGCAUCCUACAUAUCUCUGAGCGGCAAAGGCCAAUGCGUCCAGCCACCAUAUCUUGCUGCGGGGUGGGCAGCGCGACUUACACCGCUUGCAGCCACACGGGCCAUGAUGUGGCCUGCCGCAUCCUAUCUGUGGGGCAAGGGUCGCGGAACCGCAAUGCGUCCAGCCGCCGCAACCCGCUGCGGCCUGGAAGACGACGAUGCAAGCAACCCGCUUGCACCGGCGGCAUCCACCAUGCGUCCAGCCGCCGCCUCUCGCUGCGGCGUGGAAGACAACGCAAGAACGCCGCUUCCACCUUGCGUCCAGCCGCCGCCUCUCGCUGCGGCGGGGAGAACGAUGCAAGAACGCCGCUUGCACCGGCAGCAUCCACCAUGCGUCCAGCCACCGCCUCCCGCUGCGGCGUGGAGGACUAUGCAAGAACGCUGCUUGCACCAGCAGGAUCCAUGA